AUGUCGGAACUUUUCCAGGUCGUAGCAUGUGAUGGAGUUCAGGUCAGAUUGGUUAAUGGGAACAGUCGCUGCUCUGGAAGAGUGGAGGUCUAUUACAGCGGGCAGUGGGGAACUGUGUGUGAUGACAGGUGGGAUCUGAAUGAUGCUGCAGUGGUCUGUAGACAGCUGGAUUGUGGGAGUGCUGUAUCUGCUCCACAGGGUGUGCGCUUUGGCCAGGGGAGUGGAAAAAUCUGGCUGGACGACGUUGGUUGUACAGGCAAUCGCCUCCGACUGGUCAAUGGGAAUUGUAGCUGCUCUGGGAGAGUGGAGAUCUAUUACAAUGGCCAGUGGGGAACUGUGUGUGAUGACGACUGGGGUAUGAAUGAUGCUGCAGUGGUCUGUAGGCAGCUGGGCUGUGGGACUGCUGUGUCAGCUGUAGGUAGUGCCCACUUUGGCCAGGGGAGUGGAAACAUCUGGCUGGAUGAUGUUGGUUGUAAAGGCAAUGAGUCCUUCCUCACGCAGUGCUCACACCCUACAUUUGGAUCACAUAACUGCAAUCAUGAUGAAGAUGCUGGUGUUGUCUGUUCAGUGGUCCUCCUGCAGCCCAACAUCUCCUUCAGUGCUCCUGUAGAAGGAAUAAUCUGGGGUUACCAGGGAUCAGAGGUGAUGUGGGGCCAUAAUUUCACCAUCACCUGCUCCACCCCGCCACAGUACCCAGGAGGCGUCUUCCACCUGACAUUCACUGCGUCCAAUAGGACUGAGAGUCAGGCUGCUGUCAAUCACUCUGCCUCCUUCCUGUUUCCUGCUGCGGAAUUUUCUCACGAGGAGAAUUACAGUUGCGUUUAUGAGACCACAGUUUCCACCCGCAACUUCAGCUCCCCACAGAGUGAACUGCUGCCCGUAAUGGUAAGAGUGGUCCUCCUGCAGCCCAACAUCUCCUUCAGUGCUCCUGUAGAAGGAAUAAUCUGGGGUUACCAGGGAUCAGAGGUGAUGUGGGGCCAUAAUUUCACCAUCACCUGCUCCACCCCGCCACAGUACCCAGGAGGCGUCUUCCACCUGACAUUCACUGCGUCCAAUAGGACUGAGAGUCAGGUUGCUGUCAAUCACUCUGCCUCCUUCCUGUUUCCUGCUGCGGAAUUUUCUCACGAGGAGAAUUACAGUUGCGUUUAUGAGACCACAGUUUCCACCCGCAACUUCAGCUCCCCACAGAGUGAACUGCUGCCCGUAAUGGUCAGAGUGGUCCUCCUGCAGCCCAACAUCUCCUUCAGUGCUCCUGUAGGAGGAAUAAUCUGGGGUUACCAGGGAUCAGAGGUGAUGUGGGGCCAUAAUUUCACCAUCACCUGCUCCACCCCACCACAGUACCCAGGAGGCGUCUUCCACCUGACAUUCACUGCGUCCAAUAGGACUGAGAGUCAGGUUGCUGUCAAUCACUCUGCCUCCUUCCUAUUUCCUGCUGCGGAAUUUUCUCACGAGGGGAAUUACAGUUGCGUUUAUGAGACCACAGUUUCCACCCGCAACUUCAGCUCCCCACAGAGUGAACUGCUGCCCGUAAUGGUCAGAGUGGUCCUCCUGCAGCCCAACAUCUCCUUCAGUGCUCCUGUAGAAGGAAUAAUCUGGGGUUACCAGGGAUCAGAGGUGAUGUGGGGCCAUAAUUUCACCAUCACCUGCUCCACCCCACCACAGUACCCAGGAGGCGUCUUCCACCUGACAUUCACUGCGUCCAAUAGGACUGAGAGUCAGGUUGCUGUCAAUCACUCUGCCUCCUUCCUGUUUCCUGCUGUGGAAUUUUCUCACGAGGAGAAUUACAGUUGCGUUUAUGAGACCACAGUUUCCACCCGCAACUUCAGCUCCCCACAGAGUGAACUGCUGCCCGUAAUGGUCAGAGUGGUCCUCCUGCAACCCAACAUCUCCUUCAGUGCUCCUGUAGGAGGAUUAAUCUGGGGUCACCAGGGAUCAGAGGUGAUGUGGGGCCAUAAUUUCACCAUCACCUGCUCCACCCCACCACAGUACCCAAGAGGCGUCUUCCACCUGACAUUCACUGCGUCCAAUAGGACUGAGACUCAGGUUGCUGUCAAUCACUCUGCCUCCUUCCUGUUUCCUGCUGCGGAAUUUUCUCACCAGGGGAAUUACAGCUGCGUUUAUGUGACCACAGUUUCCACCCGCAACUUCAGCUCCCCACAGAGUGAACUGCUGCCCCUAAUGGUCAGAGUGGUCCUCCUGCAACCCAACAUCUCCUUCAAUGAUCCUGUAGAAGGAAUGAUCUGGGGUCACCAGGGAGCAGAGGUGAUGUGGGGCCAUAAUUUCACCAUCACCUGCUCCACCCCACCACAGUACCCAGGAGGCGUCUUCCACCUGACAUUCACUGUGUCCAAUAGGACUGAGAGUCAGGUUGCUGUCUAUCACUCUGCCUCCUUCCUGUUUCCUGUUGCGGAAUUUUCUCACCAGGGGAAUUACAGCUGCGUUUAUGAGACCACAGUUUCCACCCGCAACUUCAGCUCCCCACAGAGUGAACUGCUGCCCGUAAUGACCGGUUCUAUUUCAGUGGUCCUCCUGCAACCCAACAUCUCCUUCAGUGCUCCUGUAGAAGGAAUAAUCUGGGGUCACCAGGGAUCAGAGGUGAUGUGGGGCCAUAAUUUCACCAUCACCUGCUCCACCCCACCACAGUACCUAGGAGGCGUCUUCCACCUGACAUUCACAGGGUCCAAUAAGACUGAGAGUCAGGUUGCUGUCAAUCACUCUGCCUUCUUCCUGAUUCCUGCUGCGGAAUUUUCCCACCAGGGGAAUUACAGCUGCGUUUAUGAGACCACAGUUUCCACCCGCAACUUCAGCUCCCCACAGAGUGAACUGCUGCCCGUAAUGGUCAGAGUGGUCCUCCUGCAGCCCAACAUCUCCUUCAGUGCCCCUGUAGAAGGAAUGAUCUGGGGUCACCAGGGAUCAGAGGUGAUGUGGGGCCAUAAUUUCACCAUCACCUGCUCCACCCCACCACAGUACCCAAGAGGCGUCUUCCACCUGACAUUCACUGCGUCCAAUAGGACUGAGACUCAGGUUGCUGUCAAUCACUCUGCCUCCUUCCUGUUUCCUGCUGCGGAAUUUUCUCACCAGGGGAAUUACAGCUGCGUUUAUGAGACCACAGUUUCCACCCGCAACUUCAGCUCCCCACAGAGUGAACUGCUGCCCGUAAUGGUCAGAGUGGUCCUCCUGCAACCCAACAUCUCCUUCAAUGCUCCUGUAGAAGGAAUGAUCUGGGGUCACCAGGGAGCAGAGGUGAUGUGGGGCCAUAAUUUCACCAUCACCUGCUCCACCCCACCACAGUACCCAGGAGGCGUCUUCCACCUGACAUUCACUGCGUCCAAUAGGACUGAGAGUCAGGUUGCUGUCUAUCACUCUGCCUCCUUCCUGUUUCCUGUUGCGGAAUUUUCUCACCAGGGGAAUUACAGCUGCGUUUAUGAGACCACAGUUUCCACCCGCAACUUCAGCUCCCCACAGAGUGAACUGCUGCCCGUAAUGGUCAGAGUGGUCCUCCUGCAACCCAACAUCUCCUUCAAUGCUCCUGUAGAAGGAAUGAUCUGGGGUCACCAGGGAGCAGAGGUGAUGUGGGGCCAUAAUUUCACCAUCACCUGCUCCACCCCACCACAGUACCCAGGAGGCGUCUUCCACCUGACAUUCACUGCGUCCAAUAGGACUGAGAGUCAGGUUGCUGUCAAUCACUCUGCCUCCUUCCUGUUUCCUGCUGCGGAAUUUUCUCACGAGGAGAAUUACAGUUGCGUUUAUGAGACCACAGUUUCCACCCGCAACUUCAGCUCCCCACAGAGUGAACUGCUGCCCGUAAUGGUCAGAGUGGUCCUCCUGCAACCCAACAUCUCCUUCAAUGCUCCUGUAGAAGGAAUGAUCUGGGGUCACCAGGGAGCAGAGGUGAUGUGGGGCCAUAAUUUCACCAUCACCUGCUCCACCCCACCACAGUACCCAGGAGGCGUCUUCCACCUGACAUUCACUGCGUCCAAUAGGACUGAGAGUCAGGUUGCUGUCAAUCACUCUGCCUCCUUCCUGUUUCCUGCUGCGGAAUUUUCUCACGAGGAGAAUUACAGUUGCGUUUAUGAGACCACAGUUUCCACCCGCAACUUCAGCUCCCCACAGAGUGAACUGCUGCCCGUAAUGGUCAGAGUGGUCCUCCUGCAACCCAACAUCUCCUUCAAUGCUCCUGUAGAAGGAAUGAUCUGGGGUCACCAGGGAGCAGAGGUGAUGUGGGGCCAUAAUUUCACCAUCACCUGCUCCACCCCACCACAGUACCCAGGAGGCGUCUUCCACCUGACAUUCACUGCGUCCAAUAGGACUGAGAGUCAGGUUGCUGUCUAUCACUCUGCCUCCUUCCUGUUUCCUGUUGCGGAAUUUUCUCACCAGGGGAAUUACAGCUGCGUUUAUGAGACCACAGUUUCCACCCGCAACUUCAGCUCCCCACAGAGUGAACUGCUGCCCGUAAUGGUCAGAGUGGUCCUCCUGCAACCCAACAUCUCCUUCAGUGCUCCUGUAGGAGGAUUAAUCUGGGGUCACCAGGGAUCAGAGGUGAUGUGGGGCCAUAAUUUCACCAUCACCUGCUCCACCCCACCACAGUACCCAGGAGGCGUCUUCCACCUGACAUUCACUGUGUCCAAUAGGACUGAGAGUCAGGUUGCUGUCUAUCACUCUGCCUCCUUCCUGUUUCCUGCUGCGGAAUUUUCCCACCAGGAGAAUUACAGCUGCGUUUAUGAGACCACAGUUUCCACCCGCAACUUCAGCUCCCCACAGAGUGAACUGCUGCCCGUAAUGGUCAGAGUGAACCUGCCACAGCCACGCAUCUCCCUCAGUGCCAGAGAGGUUACCUGGGGUCACAGUGUUGACAUCACCUGCUCCAUCACUACAGUGCACUCUGGUGGCACAUUUGUCCUGCAGAAGGUCUCAGGGUCCUACAGAGAUACAAAAAGUUCCAGUUCCAAUUCUGCCACCUUCACCAUUACUGCAGCGAACUUUAUUCAUGAAGGGGCUUACCGCUGUCAGUAUCAGUUAAGAGCACUGGAACGCCUCUUCACCUCUCCCAACAGUGACUCUAAGGUCUCAGGCUCACUCACAGAGACAAGGAACGCCAGCCCCAACUCGGCCACCUUCACCUUUCCUGCAGUUGACUUUGUUCACCAUGGGGCAUACAACUGUCAGUAUAAGACGAGGGUUUCUGAUCGCCCCUUCAGCUCUCCUCAAAGUGAUUCUAAGGUCUCAGGGUCCUACAGAGACACAAAAAGUUCCAGUUCCAAUUCUGCCACCUUCACCAUUACUGCAGCGAACUUUAUUCAUGAAGGGGCUUACCGCUGUCAGUAUCAGUUAAGAGCACUGGAACGCCUCUUCACCUCUCCCAACAGUGACUCUAAGGUCUCAGGCUCACUCACAGAGACAAGGAACGCCAGCCCCAACUCGGCCACCUUCACCUUUCCUGCGGUUGACUUUGUUCACCAUGGGGCGUACAACUGUCAGUAUAAGACAAGGAAGGUCUCAGGGUCCUACAGAGACACAAAAAGUUCCAGUUCCAUUUCUGCCACCUUCACCAUUACUGCAGCGAACUUUAUCCAUGAAGGGGCUUACCGCUGUCAGUAUCAGUUAAGAGCCCUGGAACGCCUCUUCACCUCUCCCAACAGUGACUCAAAGGUCUCAGGCUCACUCACAGAGACAAGGAACGCCAGCCCCAACUCGGCCACCUUCACCUUUCCUGCGGUUGACUUUGUUCACCAUGGGGCAUACAACUGUCAGUAUAAGACAAGGAAGGUCUCAGGGUCCUACAGAGACACAAAAAGUUCCAGUUCCAUUUCUGCCACCUUCACCAUUACUGCAGCGAACUUUAUCCAUGAAGGGGCUUACCGCUGUCAGUAUCAGUUAAGAGCCCUGGAACGCCUCUUCACCUCUCCCAACAGUGACUCAGUUAGUUUCUCUGUUACAGUGAGCCUACCAAAGCCAAGCAUCUCUGUCAGUACCAGAGAGGUUACCUGGGGUGGCAGUGUUGCCAUCACCUGCUCCAUCAGUACAGUGCACUCUGGUGGUACAUUUGUCCUACAGAAGGUCUCAGGCUCACUCACAGAGACAAGGAACGCCAGCCCCAACUCGGCCACCUUCACCUUUCCUGCGGUUGACUUUGUUCACCAUGGGGCAUACAACUGUCAGUAUAAGACAAGGAAGGUCUCAGGGUCCUACAGAGACACAAAAAGUUCCAGUUCCAUUUCUGCCACCUUCACCAUUACUGCAGCGAACUUUAUCCAUGAAGGGGCUUACCGCUGUCAGUAUCAGUUAAGAGCCCUGGAACGCCUCUUCACCUCUCCCAACAGUGACUCAAAGGUCUCAGGCUCACUCACAGAGACAAGGAACGCCAGCCCCAACUCGGCCACCUUCACCUUUCCUGCGGUUGACUUUGUUCACCAUGGGGCAUACAACUGUCAGUAUAAGACAAGGAAGGUCUCAGGGUCCUACAGAGACACAAAAAGUUCCAGUUCCAAUUCUGCCACCUUCACCAUUACUGCAGCGAACUUUAUCCAUGAAGGGGCUUACCGCUGUCAGUAUCAGUUAAGAGCACUGGAACGCCUCUUCACCUCUCCCAACAGUGACUCUGUUAGUUUCUCUGUUACAGUGAGCCUACCAAAGCCAAGCAUCUCUGUCAGUGCCAGAGAGGUUACCUGGGGUGGCAGUAUUGCCAUCACCUGCUCCAUCAGUACAGUGCACUCUAGUGGUACAUUUGUCCUGCAGAAGGUCUCAGGCUCACUCACAGAGACAAGGAACGCCAGCCCCAACUCGGCCACCUUCACCUUUCCUGCGGUUGACUUUGUUCACCAUGGGGCGUACAACUGUCAGUAUAAGACAAGGAAGGUCUCAGGGUCCUACAGAGACACAAAAAGUUCCAGUUCCAAUUCUGCCACCUUCACCAUUACUGCAGCGAACUUUAUUCAUGAAGGGGCUUACCGCUGUCAGUAUCAGUUAAGAGCACUGGAACGCCUCUUCACCUCUCCCAACAGUGACUCUGUUAGUUUCUCUGUUACAGUGAGCCUACCAAAGCCAAGCAUCUCUGUCAGUACCAGAGAGGUUACCUGGGGUGGCAGUGUUGCCAUCACCUGCUCCAUCAGUACUGUGCACUCUGGUGGUACAUUUGUCCUGCAGAAACUCUCAGGGUCACUCACAGAGACAAGGAACGCCAGCCCCAACUCUGCCACCUUCACCUUUCCUGCAGUUGACUUUGUUCACCAUGGGGCAUACAACUGUCAGUAUAAGACAAGGGUAUCUGAUCGGCCCUUCAGCUCUCCUCACAGUGAUUCUGUCAGUUUCUCUGUCAUAGUGGUCCUCCUGCAACCCAACAUCUCCCUCAGUGAUCCUGCAGGAGGAAUGAUCUGGGGUCACCAGGAGCGAGAGGUGGUCAGAGGCAGCAGUUACACCAUCACCUGCUCCACCCCACCGCAGUACCCAGGAGGCGUCUUCCACUUGACAUUCACAGGGUCCAGUAGCACUGAGACUCAGGCUGCUGUCAAUCACUCUGCCUCCUUCCUGUUUCCCGCUGCGGAAUUUUCCCACCAGGGGAAUUACAGCUGCGUUUAUGAGACCACAGUUUCCACCCGCAACUUCAGCUCCCCACAGAGUGAACUGCUGCCCCUAAUGGUCAGAGGGGCCAUGAACACUUACUCCAACAGAGAGGAAGCCAUUGGGGAGACACAACAAGACAUCUAUGCCAAUACCUAG